UUAAAUUGACGUAUUUGAGAGGUGUGUUCGCAGCAAUUAGUGUUGUAAAGUCGCUUCGAAACAAUUAAAUAGUCAUUUUUUUCAUUCACUUUUCAAAGCCCUUCAAGUUAAACGAUUUCACAAAAUAUUAUGUUAAUUCAUGUUCGUUGGGUUUUAGCUGUAUUAGUCAGGUUGCCAGCUACUACAAUUUUAAACUAAAUCUGAACAGGGGACCCCAUCCACACAGAUCAGUGGAUGGUAUAGUUGCUAGCUGUCUAACUGGUGCUCUGUUGGGAGGAAGUGAUGCAGGGAAAAUCCAUUCAAUGACUAAAGGGGAAACACAAAGAAACUAUAAGCCUUUCGUACUGGUUCAUCCGACUUUUUUUUAGUAGUCAAUUUAAAGUAAAGACAGUCGUCUAGGGCGGUUGUUUGCAAACCAGGUGCGUUCUUAUCAGGCAAAAGCCAACUUAAACGCUCAUUUUUGUUUAUGGUGCUGACUAGCUUCCUACUAGCAUUCGGUUAGCUGGCUACCAUUUAGCUAAGUGGGGCUGAUUGUGUCGUUGUCCUAAGUUCGCUAUUUGUUUUACUGAUGUUAUUGGAGUGAUGUACGUGAUUUUCUCGACAAUCAACUAUUUUUAAGAGCAUUACCGAUGUUAAGGUCACCACGAUGGAGCAGAAAAAGAUGACGCCUUCAUCUAGAGUGAUAAAGGCAUUCUGAGGAAGUGUCUGGCCCAAGGGCAUGUUGAGACGUCUCACCAGGCCAGAGCAGAGGCGUCUUGGUGGGGCAGACCGAGAGGACCAGAGAGAGAGACAUGGGCCAGUGCGUCACCAAGUGUAAGAACCCAUCGUCCUCGCUCGGCAGCAAGAGUGGCGACAAGGAGCAGGGGUCCAAGUCCCACCACAAGAAAGGUGGCGGGGGAGGAGGGCACAAAGAGGAGCCUGGCACUGUGUGCAGAAAGACCUCCAGUGAGCACAUGUUCAACGGCACCAAGACCGCCAUGGAGGUUACCGUGGAGACCACGGUGAUCCCUGCGUCAGCCAUGCUGGGGGACCUGAGGAAGGAGGACUGCUUGGUGGCGGAUAGGGAGGGGCCGUCCUUGCUGCGCAUCGAGGAGCUCUUCAGCUGCUACAAGGACCCGCAUGAGGAUGCCAUCUUGGAGGAGGGCAUGGAGGGGUUCUGCAACGACCUGUGCGUGGACCCCGCCGAGUUCCGCGUGCUGGUCCUCGCCUGGAAGUUCCAGGCGGCCACCAUGUGCAAGUUUACAAGGAAGGAGUUUGUGGAUGGAUGCAGGGCGAUCCAGGCGGACAGUCUGGAGGGCAUCUGCUCCCGGUUCUCCUGCAUGCUGCUGGAGGCACAGGGCGAGGAGAGCUUCAAGGACCUGUACCGCUUCACCUUCCAGUUUGGCCUUGAUGCUGAGGAGGGCCAGCGCUCUCUUCAGCGCGACAUCGCCAUCGCUCUGUGGCGCCUGGUCUUCACGCAGGACACGCCGGCUAUCCUUGAGCACUGGCUGGACUUCCUCGGCGAGAACCCGUCGGGCGUGCGGGGCAUCUCGCGGGACACCUGGAACAUGUUCCUCAACUUCACACAGGCCAUCGGGCCGGACCUGAGCAACUACAGCGAGGACGAGGCCUGGCCCAGCCUCUUCGACACCUUUGUGGAGUGGGAGAUGGAGCGCAGGAAAAAGGAGGCACAGGAGGAGCAGUUGAAGAGGGCAGAGGAGGAGGAGAGGGGAUGCACUGAGACCGAGGGCUCUCCCUCCAGCACAGACGGACUUGAAACAGAGAGCGGAUGGGGCUCACAGACCUGGGUGGGCCACUAACUAUGGAAUUCUGGGAAGGGAGGAAGGUCGGGGUUGGUGGGUUCUGACCUAUAAGUGAACUGUACAUCUGUGAAUCAUUGGAUGACAAAUUAGUAUUAACAUUACCAUUAUUCCUCUCGCUCCUUUUCUGUUGCGGUGGGACAGGGUUUCCUUGCACCCUGCUUUAUUUCUGGUUAUUGAAAGGGCUCUAAGAACUGUAUUGUUUUUAAGUGCUUCUAUUUAAGUUAUUUGUUUUAUUUGUCUUUAAUGUGUUUGUUUUUUAAAAUAAUUUGGACAUGUGGUCCAUUUUAAUCUUUCCCAACUCACAAAGAAAGCUCAGUAUAUAGGGUUGCUUUAAAAACCAGGUGCCAGAAAGCCAUACCAGUUCCCAAGUCUCAUUGACCUGGAAACACUGGUGACUGGACCUCUCACCCAAAGACGUAGGCUUAUUAAAUCCUCAUAUUGCAUUAAGAAGAAGGGAAAUUGGGACAAUCUAUUUGUCCUCAAAUAACUCCUUAUUACCAGAGACUGAGCUUUAUCUUUAUGGGGUCAGUGAAAUCAACUUGAUUGAAAUUGUUUUAUUUUGGAACAACAUUUGAGUGUGGAUGAAUUGGCUUUCAUUUUUGACAUGUGGACUAUAUAAAGGGUUAUAUUCUUGGCUUAUCUAUUGCCUGUAGUUGUGAUGGCCAACCAAGAUUUGUUCAAGACGUGGUCGUACUCGAGUGUGCAUAAUGUCCUAAAGUAAAAAUUGAAGUGAAGCGACGGUGAAAAUACCUUGUUACUAUUUUUAUUCUAUUUAUCUAAAUAAAACAUUUGUUGAAGCUA